AUGACGUCGAUCUUACGAGCAGAAGAGCCUGUGCUUGCGUCGUACGAAAUGAACACCGUACCAGUUGGGCCAAGCUCUACAACUUCCCCAAAGUCUUCCAUAAGAUUACUCACAUUGAAUACUUGGGGCUUGAAAUUCAUCAGCAAACAUAGGAAAGCCCGUCUACAUGCAAUUGCUGACCGGCUAGCUUCAGCUCAACCAAAUACUCAAGAUGACUACGACAUUGUGGCUCUUCAGGAAAUAUGGUGUCAAGAAGAUUGGGAUUAUUUCAAUACCAUAUGCCUGCUUAAAUAUCCAUUCCGAAGGCAAUUCAAAGCAGGUAUUGUUAGUGGACCUGGUUUAGCCAUAUUGUCUAAAUUACCCAUAGAAGAAACGUUUUUAUAUCGGUUCCCUAUCAAUGGUCGGCCUUCUGCGUUUUGGCGUGGCGAUUGGUAUGUGGGUAAAAGUGUUAGUGUAACCAUAUUAAAAGUUAAAGACGACCAAUCUCCUUUGGUAGCUCUUUUGAAUACCCAUAUGCAUGCUCCUUAUGGACCAGGUGAUGCAUCAUAUUCAUGUCAUAGAGCUUGUCAAGUAUGGGAUUGUACCAUGUUGAUUAAUUUAUUGAAAAAAGCAGGGUUUGUGGUUAUUUUAGUUGGAGAUUUAAACUGUCCUCCAGGUACUUUACCUCAUGACUUAUAUAUUACUCGAACUGGCUUGGAAGAUUCUUGGUCAUUGUUUCAUGAACUGCAACCUGAUCUUAUACAAUAUACAAAGGCAGAAAUCGCUUCAAUGGCACCAGAAGAACAAAUCUUACUUGGUGGGGUUACUUGUGAUUCCACUGUCAAUACCUUUAGAUUGAAUCGGAGAUUAGAUGAAGCAUGUCGAUUAGAUUAUGCAUUAAUUGAUUCUACUCGAUUUGAAGUGGUAGAUGCUUCUGUAAGAUUCCAUGAACGACUCCCUGGCCCUUAUCAUUGUUCAUAUUCUGAUCAUUUUGGUUAUUUCGUGGAGUUGUCCUUAUUACCAAAACCAGUAUUAAGAACAAUUCCAGCUUUAGAAAAGCAAAAUGAUGCCAUUGAAGGUUUACUAGAAGAAAUUCAUCAUUAUUUAUCUGAUACCAUUCCAUUUCAAGAGGCAUGGAGAAAAUGGCAUUUUUUUAUAUCAGUAUUGUGUUUUAUGGUUAUUCAAGGCACUCUAACUAUAAAUAGAGUAUCUGCAUUUUGGAUAUCAAAUUUGGGUUGUUUAAUUGGGGUCACGGGUUUGAUCAAUGGUAUGAUUUGGUACUUUAGUGUUCGUUCAGAAAAGAGAGCUUUAGAAGAAGUACGUGAAGAAGUUUUGAAUUUUAAGGCGAUAUCAAAUCGUCAAAAGAAGUAA